AUGAAUGAUGCUGGGUUUAGUAUUAAGAAAUACUAUAAUGAGCUCAGGGGAGAUGAAACCAAUGUGCAGUGGAGCAGGAUGGUUUGGAAUAGGUAUUCUCUUCCCAAACAUAGAAUGAUCCUUUGGCUUGCUGUCCAGAAUAGGCUCAAGACUAAAGAUAGGCUGAUGAUGAUGAGUAUUUGUAGUGAUGAUGUGUGCACCAUCUGUGGGCAGGAGACUGGGAGUGUUGACCAUCUUAUGUUUAGGUGCACAUAUAGUAAGCAAUGCUUUGAAAUGAUCCUGGGCUGGCUAAGGAUACAAGGAUGCAAUAGAAGCCUAAGGCAGCUUAACCAGUGGAUUAGAAGCAGAUACAAGGGAACGAAGACUCAAAAGAAAGUGGUGAUUGCUGCAACUGCAUACCAUAUCUGGAGGAGAAGAAACAUAGCCUACUGGGAAGCUUCAGUGCGGAGGAUUGAGAAAACAGUGCAGGAGAUUAAGUUUUCUGUAAAGCAUAGAAGUCUUCAGCUUCUAAGCUCUAAAGCUAAGGCUAGAGAUAGAGAAUGGAUUGAGAAAUUGUAA